AUGACAAUAAGUGUAACGCCUAAAGAAGACUUGACCAAUGAAAAGACUGUGUACUAUCAAGAAUUAUUAAAUGAGACUUUUGCAGUGUUGACAACAUACUACUCUAAUUCAGCUGCAACAAAAGACAACUUCAUAAAAAUAGUUGUGUAUAGAAUAAGCAAAGGUAGUUUAGUUGUAGAUCAUGCAGUCAUAUUGAAUUCUAAAACUACAACUGGCCCAAAUCAGGUUGCUGCUGCCACUAAUAACCUUGUAAAUGGUGUUGAUAUGCUGACAUUUGGUGCAGGACUAACUUCUCCGGCUGCAGCUGGUGCCACUUCGGUUGCCAUUAACACAGCAGAUGGAGUUAAGGCUACAAUAACGACAUCGACAACUAUUUGUGGCACAUUCAAUACAUUAAACACGUGUCCAACAAAUCAGGAAUGUUCUGUGAAUGGGCAUGGCGUACCAUAUUGUGCGUCACUUAAGAGUACAGAUAAUUUCCCAUUGAUAAUAGGCCUUGGCGUUGGACUUCCUUUAUUUUUCAUGGUCCUAGUGUUGAUCAUAGUCCUAUGUGUAUGUAACAGUAAACGUCAUAAAAGUAACUCGUUAAACAGUGAUGAUGUAGACAGAACAAUGCCAGCUCAUGAAGGAUUUUUCACUGGUGCUAUUCCUGGUCGAUUUAAUAGCUGGAAUCGCCCUAGAGGUAGUACAUUCCAUAGUCACUGGAAUGAUAGGUCUGUAGAGUCAAAAAGAGGAGCAUAUGAUAAUGAUAUGUUUCGUGGAAAAGAUCUAUAUGGGUCCUUAUCGUAUAAAGAAGCCAGAAACAGAUCCAAAAAUAACUGAGUUUUUUCGAAGAUAGUUGGAGGUCCAACAACUAAUGCAUAUAUAAUUUGGAAUAGUUGAAUACAUUUUAACAAGUGUUCGUAUAACAUGUAUACGAGGCCUUUCGUCUAAUCAUGCGACAAUUUUAAAGAUAUUCUUCAUAUGAUGAAAUAGAGACAUAAACGCAUUGACAUUACGAAUUAUGUAACUAUCAUAUUGUAUAUAUAUAUAUAUUCCGAGG